CAGUUCAACCAGUUGGCUGGUUUACCAACUGCAGAGUUCAGUUUGGUAUUUAGUGCCUAGAAGGUAAGCGACAAUUUCAAGUUCGUUGACUGAUUCUUGAUUCCAGGCUCCACUGUAAAGGUGGAGACCUGUAGUAGGAGAACCUUAUUUUAUUUAUACGGAAACCCUUGUUAAGGGAGACAUGGGAGGACUACAUCGAUCCUUGCUGUGCCAAGGCCCCGUGGAAAUCACAAGCUACAACAAAAGAAAGAAAAGAUAUCUAUCCUUAUUUAAUGAUGUUUUGGUUGUAUCUAGUAACUUGAAUAAGAAGAAGUUUAAGAUAAAAUGCAUCAUACCACUGAAGAACCUGUGGGCCGUGGAUGAUGUAACCCUUUACAGGGGAAACAAAGACUAUAGUUCCAAGACCCUUUUUCUCCUAUGGCCUACUGAAAAAUUUUUUGCAACUUUUCGUUCGAAAGAACAGAAAGAUCAGUGGUACUAUUUUCUCAAAAGGUCCAUUAAUAAAGCCAAGAAGGGUAUCAAGAAAACAUUCUCACUGCAGAUAUUCACCGAGAACGUCCCAACCUGUGACAGUCCUUUAUGUGUAUCAGCAACAACCAUCGAUACGGUGAAUGAUAUAAUGAAGAAGUUACUGCCAAUGAUUAGAGUGCCUUACAUUGAAGAUUACCAACUGUGGUUUUGUCCUGGCCAAUGGGAAGCUCCAAGAAUACUCCAAGGCCAUGAGUGUCCACAUGAUAUUAUACUGACCAACCUUCAAAAUAACUUAAGCAGGUUGAACUCAAGGAUCUUCCCUGCUUUUCCUGCCUUGCCUGGGCUGCUUGGGAAUGACAUAUACUUGGAUGCACAGGGGCAAUUCAUCUUAAAGCCCACCUUAACAUAUUCAGCUGAAAGCCAGCAGCAAAAUACAAAGAAAAGACAUGAUAAGAAACAAAGAACUAGCAUAACAUCAUAUUUCCAUAGCGGCUCUGUCCCCCAACUCUACCAAGUAUGUACUGUUCCAAGAGUUAAUAAGAGUGGACAACUCUUUGGAAAAGAGCUGAAUUUCAUUUGUAAGGAUGGCAAACUGCCCGCAGCAAUUGUGGACAUCCUAUCGCUGAUAAGAUCAAAAGGGCCUAACACAAAGAGCAUAUUCUUCAUAUCUCCUAAUGAGACACUGUGCAAAACACUAAAGGAGAAGCUAGAUUCUGGGGAAGAGGUGGAUAUAAAACAUCAGUCAGUACAUGUGGCGGCAUGGAUCUUGAAGGAGUUUCUGCGAUCCAUUAAAGGGAGUCUGCUGACUUCUCAGUUAUACGACCAGUGGCUUUGUGUACUUCAAAGGGUCAAUGAAAAAGAAAAAAUAGCAGCAGUGCAAAGUCUGUUAGAAAGACUCCCACAACCAAAUGCUGCUAUUCUCGUACAACUAUUUAAGAUUUUAUAUAAAAUUUCAAGAAACUCAUCGGUUAACCAAAUGACUUCAAACAAUCUCUCUGUGGAGAUAGCACCAUAUAUCUUCUGCCUUCGUAGCUCCCACAAUAAAGACCUGACAAAUGAUAUUGCCGAAAAGAUUUCUCUGGUAAACUUUAUGAUCCAAAACACUCCAGAAAUUUUCGGGGUUGACAAAGGUACAGUUUGGAAUAAAACAUCAUUUGUUCUAACAUAUGAAGCAAAGGCAACAUGUUCCCAGGAGAUUCCAUCUGAUACUGGGAACAUGAAGGAACCAGAAAACAGACUCGGCAGCUGCCCCAGUGGCAGCACAUGCACUUCUGCCCAUUAUGAAUUAUCGAAAAUUCAAUCUGCUCCUCUUGUGUCUGAGGACAUUAAAGAUUCAGAAAAACUACACGAAAAUGUGUCUGCAACACAGAUGGAACCAUUUCAAAAUCCACCAUCACAAGUAAAAAACCAAUUAGUUCGUAAAUUUCCAACCAUUGUUUGCUUGGACAGAAUGUUGCUUGCUACAAUACCUGAUUUCAUUAGAAAUAUACAAGGAAAUGUGCUUUCUUCAGAUUCAUAUGAAAAUUGGAUUAGUAUCCCAGAUGAAAAUUCUGUGCUUGCAAAAAAUUCUGCUAUACAAAGGGAGAAGUUGUUUGCAGAAAAUGUAAGGGGAUCUGAUUUUUCCUUUUGGGAACAAAGUCCUCAUUGUGAUCCAGGAAUUGGGACUACCUCAGAAAGGUCAUUGAUGUUAAAAGACACCCUAGAAUUGCAUUCUUCUGGAGUGGGAGAUACAUUGAACUAUUUCAGGAAGGAUUGGAAAGGGAGAGAGAUGACUUUUAGACAAGUCAUGAUUGACAACAAUGUAGAGGUUUUGGAAGUUGAUGAUUGUACAAUUGGUAAUGAUGUUCAAAAGGCGUCUGAUGACAUAAAGAUGUCACUAAAUACUGCUGGAUGGGACAAUGGAAAAACCUCAACAUAUAAUGUUUCACAAAGGAACUAUUUCAUACAAAUAGUUUCACUCACUGUAUUUAUCUUAUGUUGUGCACUUAUCUAUAAUAUUUAUCUAUUAUAAUAAAUUUAUUAAAUUACGUUAUUACUUAG